AUGACAGCGAUCAAGAAAUUCGAGGAUGAAUUCGAACAUCCGCCUGAGAUUUGUGUUAGAUGUCCUGGAAGGGUGAAUCUUAUUGGAGAACACAUUGAUUACCAUGCCUAUGGGGUGUUUCCGAUGGCAAUUGCAGCUUCAACAACAGUCUGGGCUGCAAAAAACGAAACUUCGAAUAUGAUCCGGUUCAGUAAUGUUGAUGACAACUGCAAACCAUUCGCGUUGGAACUUCCAUCGGAAUGGAACGGAGCUUCUCCUCCAAAAUGGUACGAUUAUAUGUUGUGCGGAUGGAAAGGAGUAUUGAAUCAUUUCAACAUUCAACAGUUUGGAAUGGAUAUUCUUGUCGAUGGAAAUAUUCCAAGAUCUGCCGGAUUGUCAUCCAGCUCGUCCCUGGUCUGUGCUGCAGCACUAGCGACACUAUCUUUAAUCGACAAGAGUCCAUUCGAGAAAAUUUCAAAAGAAGCUUUUGCUCAUCUCUGCGCUGAAAGCGAGUUGUUCAUUGGGACGUUGAGUGGCGGAAUGGACCAAGCUGCUGAAGUUCUUGCCGUAGAAGGCACUGCGCUCAAAAUCGACUUUUUUCCAUUGGCGGCUCGUCAUAUUCGUCUACCCGAAAAUGCCUUAUUUGUCGUUGCUCACUCGAACACCGAACUCAACAAGGCGGCCACUUCGCAUUACAACGAGCGCGUCAUCGAAGGCCGAAUUGUGGCCGAAUGGCUCAAAAACAAGCUCAACAUCAAUAGCGAAAGUUUCCGGCUCAAAGAUGUGCAAAAGAUAUCGGGAAAAUCGUUCGACGAGAUGCUCCAGCUCAUUGAGCAACUGCCUGAUGAGGCCGAUCGACAUGAAGCUGAAGAGCUUAUCGGAAAAGAAAAUCUAGAGAAGUGUUUCACAGAAAACACCAAGCAUUUUACCCACUUCAAACCUCGUCCACGUGCCCGCCACGUAUUCAGCGAAGCACGUCGAGUAGAUCAAUUCGAAAUCGCCUGUGAAAAUGGUGACAUUCGAAAAAUGGGCGAACUGAUGAAUGAGAGUCAUGAGAGUUGUGCCAAGGAUUACGAGUGUAGUUGCCCUGAGCUCGACGAAACAUGCCGACGGUACCUCGAAGCUGGUGCUCUUGGAGCCAGGCUUACAGGUGCCGGAUGGGGAGGUUGCGCAGUAGUCCUUUUUGAUGUAAAGGAUGCUGAGAAUGCAGAGAAGCUCGAACCUUUGUUUGUCUCGAAACCUGCUUCAGGAAUCGAGGUCAACUACCUCUAA